AUGGCUCUAGCUGCGCUCCGAUCGAGUCGCAAUCUCAGCCCUCUGAUCCGGCGCUUGCAAACAGAGAGGCGAAGUAUUGCGACCGCCACAGCAACGGCACAGUCAAGUCUCGACCGAGAUGGCUCAAUACUCUCACCCCAGGACGACAGACGACAAGCAAUCAAACAGGCAAAGCCCUUCUCCGACUUCCUGACAGACAAAUUCAAGCGUCAGCAUGACUAUCUGCGCAUCAGUGUCACGGAGCGCUGCAACUUGCGGUGUCUGUACUGCAUGCCUGAAGAGGGUGUGCCGCUCUCGCCCUCGCGCCAUCUCCUCACCACGCCCGAAAUCGUCUACCUCUCCGAACUGUUCGUUUCCCAAGGUGUCACCAAAAUUCGUCUGACUGGAGGCGAGCCGACUGUGCGCCCCGACAUCUUGCCCCUGAUGCAGCAGAUUGGAAGCCUCAAGACCAAGGGCUUGCGUGAGCUCGCUCUGACGACCAAUGCCAUCUCGUUGCACCGGAAGCUAGACAAGAUGGUUGAAGCUGGUUUGACUGGUGUCAACAUCAGCCUCGACACUCUCGAUCCAUUCCAAUUCCAGAUCCUGACUCGCCGAAAGGGCCACAGUGCCGUCAUGAAGAGCAUUGAUCGUGUCUUGGAGAUGAACAAGCUGGGCGCUGGCAUCAAGUUGAAGGUCAAUUGCGUCGUCAUGCGUGGUAUCAAUGAACGCGAGCUUGUUCCUUUCGUCGAGAUGGGCAAGGAGAAAGACAUUGAGGUUCGCUUCAUUGAAUACAUGCCUUUUGGAGGGAACAAAUGGAGCGAGCGGAAAAUGUUGACCUACCAGGAAAUGCUGGACAUAAUUCGUGAGAAAUAUCCUACCCUCCGUAGUGUCAAAGGCCAUCUCAACGACACGAGCAAGACCUAUGAGAUUCCAGGUUUCGUGGGCAAGAUUGGCUUCAUCACAAGCAUGACAGAAAACUUUUGUGGCACCUGUAACCGUCUACGCAUCACAGGCGACGGCAACCUCAAAGUCUGCCUUCAUGGCAACACCGAAGUCUCGUUGAGAGACCUGUUACGCAAGGACAAUAACAAUGAUCCUAUGGACGAACAAGCCUUUGAGGCGGUCAAGGAAAUAGAGAUGAAUCGGCAUCGAGGGUUGCCCGUGGCGGGUUCAAGACCCAGCUGGGUCGAACGCGAGAACGAGUUGCUCAAUUUCAUCGGAGAGGCAGUGAAGCGCAAGAAGGAGAAACAUGCUGGCAUGGAGGAGCUACAGAACAUGGAGAACCGGCCCAUGAUACUUAUUGGUGGCGCCAUCGUGUACACGAACGCCUCUCUGAACUAUCAAACGGAUCUACAUGACACUGGAGCUGAUACUGAUUUGGUGGUAGCUGAGGGCAAUGCCCCGAGGAGAGCGCCUGGUGGUGUUAGAGUACUACCGAAGUUCUUUUCUGGCCGACUCGGACAAGGCGUUGGCGUUCCCCUACAUCUCUUGCCUCCGAACAUGCCAAAUCCCAUUGGAACGCGGCUUUACUCUACCGCCUCUGCACCGUCGCCAGGGAUUCCAGACACCAAGGCUGUCGAAGCAAACCAAACUACAGAAUCCGAUUUUCAAGAAGUUCAAGCUGAGGAAACUCAAGCCGAGAAUGACCCUACCAACCCAGAUGGACCCGAACCUGAAUUCGCAAGUCUGCGAGGCCUCUUCGGUACUCCGAGAAAGACUUGGUCUCCACCACGCUCUGCGUCACUUGACGUUGAUGACGGCACUCUCAACGCAGAUGCCACUCUGAAAACUGAGCCGGGCCAACUCAAACAAGCAGCUCCCUCUGCCGGAAAUUAUGUUGACGAUGAUCCGUUCGAAGACCAUCUUGAAGGUCUACUUCCUCGGAAGUACCAAGGACAAUCAAACGCAUCUGGAAUGUCGCCUUCUGACUCCACUGCUACGGGCACAGCCCACGGGGCUCGACCCAAGCUCCACCCAGCAGAGCGAUCUAUAGACAGGAGUGAUACAGACAGGGCCGGAACAGACGAAUCAGACGCUCAUCCGCAAUACAUCCACUUUGUGGCGGCUCGUCCGCCGAAGGAUCGAGCGUCCGGUUCACGAGACAUGCUUCGGUUCAAGAGAGCGAGCCCACUAGCCCUCGGAAACAUCGACGCGACUAAAGCUGCAAACCCAUCGAAGCCUCCACCGGCAUGGAAGGUGGAGAACAAUGAUGCUAAGUCGCAUACUGAACAGAACAAGCGCAAUCCCGACGGCCUGUCUUCAUCGGCAUCCACUGAGCCUAGACAGACAGUGCAGCCGGACACAUCAAGCUCUGCAAAGAAGAAGGACCGGGAGCUAGGGAGCUCGAAGGCCGGUGCCCAACAGAUCUCUGCUUCACUUAGCACAUCAGUCAAACAUAGUACACCCGAACCAGGUCGAGUCAAGCUCGAUGGCAUGCAUGCCGAUGCAUCCGUAAAGUCUCUGGACGUCUCGUCAGAGCAAGCUUCGACUUUGUCCAGCUCAAGGCCGGGAGCUCGUUCUGCUGUUCUCACCCACCUUACGUCUACUGGUGAGGCUCACAUGGUCGAUGUCGGACAAAAGCAAUCGACAGACCGAGUUGCGAUAGCAAUUGGAUUUGUUCGCUUCGGUAGGGAGGAGACUUACAAACUGAUCACGGAAAAUCUGAACAAAAAGGGGGAUGUUCUCGGUGUCGCACGCAUUGCAGGCAUCAUGGCAGCCAAAAGAUGCUCAGACCUCAUCCCCCUUUGCCAUCCCAUCCCCAUCACGAAGAUAACAUUAGAUGUUCGCACAAUGGCACCUGGUAGGCGCACAAGACUUCAAAGAUCCCCAGGUCAGAAUGGUAUGGUGGCCGUCGAGGCUCGGGUGCACACACACGGCAGGACAGGUGUUGAAAUGGAGGCACUGACAGCCGUGACGGGAGCCUGUCUGACUGUCUAUGACAUGUGCAAAGCUGCAGAUAAAUACAUGUUUAUCCACUCGGUGUGCGUAGUGUACAAGGCAGGAGGGAAGUCGGGUGAAUUCCUGCACGGAAGCUUUUCCGAGAAGCCCGACUCGGAAUCUUUCAUCGACGAGGUCUAAAGGAGACUAUAAGACAUCGAUGGUUGAGUCUUUACCACUCAUAUGUAUGUAGCUUGGGAUCGAGAGAGUAGGACGACAUCAGCCAGUCACUCAUUAGUCCUCUGCAAAGACAAACAUAUAAGAAUCACCGUCGCUUGCUCUACUCCAGUUGUAUCAUCAAUGAGCGAUCAGUAUGAAUGUCUGCCGUCUUGUAGACCGCACUGCAUCUUUUGUCAUACUGUUUUACAAUUGCGUAGCUGUAAAAGACAAUUUGCUCGAGCUCGACAGAAGCGUCUUGUGAGAGCAGUCUCGAGAGCAGAUCAGAGACAAGCUGCGAGAACUGUGGCAGAUGUGGCUUAAU